CUCGACUGCCGAACCCAGGUUUGAACAAGCCCUCCUUGUUAGUUCUGGCUCAACUCCUUACAAGGCGCUGACCCCGCAGUAAAUUCGUUGUGACAUGGCAAAUUCUGGAAGGAAAGUCGGCAUUCCUGUGGAUGCAAGUGACCACAGCGAAAAGGCUUGUGACUGGUAUUUGAAAAACAUGAAGCAAGUAGGUGAUACUGUUGUUAUCAUCCAUGUGAGUGAAAUGACUCAUUCUGGCUCCAUUGAAACAAUCACUAAAGAAGACUGGGAACAACAUGUCAAAGAUCACACUGAGAAAGUGAAAGAACUUGAAGAAAAAUACAAAACAAAGUUGACUGCUGCAGGGGCAUCAUUUGAGAUAAAGCUAUGUGGUGGUAAACCAGGGGAGGCUAUUUGCAAUACAGUAAAGGAAUGUGGCAUUGAUCUUUUCAUCAUGGGAAGCCGUGGAAUGGGUGCCAUAAGACGCACCUUUGUCGGAAGUGUCAGUGAUUAUGUCCUUCAUCAUGCACAUAUACCUGUCAUCAUUUGCCCCAAGCAUUGAUGUUCAGCACUCUCUUGAUUAACUCAUUACACGGUUAAGGCAUUAAUUUUGAAAUCAAAGUGACUGAUUUGCAAACAUUGUAACAGUAGGUAGUCAUGAUGAGUUCAAUUUCUCAAUGAGAUGUAGGAAAUUUUAAGUACUCUUUGAUUUUGAUAAGAGUGUGAUUAGCAAAGAUUUCCAAUUUGUUCAAUAAAGAUAAUAUUUCUCUCAAUGACUAACUAACUUUUAUUAGACUCAUAAGCCAACAAUGUGAUCGAGUCACUCAAGUCAUCUAUCUUCCUCUAAGAAUAUAAUUUACUGGGUUCAAAUUGGUUAAGUCAGUCCACCAGAAAUCUUUGUUACUUUGCCACAUAAGAAUGUUUGUGCUUCGUAUUCUUGUUCUUCUUUGUUUGAUUUGCUACAGUCUUUAUGUUGAGAACCCUCACUUCAGUCCUUAUUUAGAACCUGGUCUGAAGUAUGCAGCCCAUGUUUUACACCUGUUAUAGAACUUUUACACCCAUUAUUAGGAUUUUGCUUGUUUUGUUAUAUUUUGCAUGAUUAGCGGUGCACUAAGUGAGUUAUUGGUUCUUUACCUCUAAUAGGGAACGGUAGAAUGUAACCGGUAGAAUGUAACUGGAAAUAUUGACAAAGAAUGCGUAGAAGGAUCGACAAACAAUGAUGUAAUUAACUAGAUAAUUGCUAGUGAAAUCGCGUACGUGUUAAGAUUAACGAUAAUAAGAUUUGUCUAACAGACCCAUGCAACUGGGAUCAACCGAUUAGGAAAUUAUGUAGACAACUAAGCCCUAUCCGACCACACCUGACCUACGUAUCUGGGUGUGGAUAUCUGUAGCCAAUAAAAGUGGCACUUGUGAUCCUACAGUAAGUGAGUUAGAUCAUAGGGCAGAACGUGAAUGUUGUGAGCUGAAGAAUAAAAGCCAACUUAAAAGA